AUGGGCGGUCAACCCUCGAAAGAUCGCUCUAGACGCGUGACCCAGUCUCGAUACGACUGCGAGACAUUCGCAUCUACACAAUCUGGCCCAUGGGUUGGACAGCCAUCCAAAGAUUCGUUGUCUCACGAUCGAUCUUAUCCUCAACAUCAGCUAAUCCUCGCACUGUAUGACUUCAAUGCUUCAAACGCAUCUGAUUGCCAGUCACAGAUUUCCAUUGAAAAAGACGACAAGCUCCGAAUGUUCGGCUUCAGUGCCGACGGGGACUGGGCAGACGUCGAAUGCCUCCGGACCGGUGAACGAGGCUGGGUUCCUGCCAACUACACCACGGCCAACAAUCCAUUCGCGUUGGGUCCCAUUGGUAUCACUGGGGUCGGUGGCAGCUCUGUCACAUUUCAGCAAAGCCAAAGCCGAGCAACUAGCGGUCACGGUAGCCAGGCUAGUCUGUCCGGUGUCGGACUAGAUGCGGAGAAGUGGUAUCAUGGCGCACUCCAGCGCACGUAUGCCGAGUAUUUGUUGAACAGUGGGAUCACUGGUAGCUUUCUCGUCCGUGAAUCGGAGAGCAAGCCUGGUCAGUUCACUAUCAGUUUACGACACGAGGGUCGUAUUUGUCAUUAUCGCAUCAACCGAGAUGACAACGGCAUGUACUACGUAACUGAAAGUGCAACAUAUCCUUCCAUCCACGAUUUGGUGCAUCAUCAUGAGAAACAGGCUGAUGGAUUGGCUUGCGCUCUCCUCUAUCCGACGGCCAAACGAGACAAAUUAUCUUCGGAAUUGAGCCCAGAAGUUGAUGUGUGGGAAAUCGACCGCACUGAGAUUGUGAUGAAGCACAAAUUGGGUUCUGGCCAGUACGGUGUGGUUUACGAGGCCUUGUGGAAACCGUACAGUCUCCUUGUUGCAGUGAAGACGCUGAAAGAGAACGUGACUGUCAGAGACGAAUUCUUGGAAGAAGCCCGUCUUAUGAAGAGCCUUCGACAUCCCAACCUGGUCAAGCUGUUGGGUGCCUGCACACGCGAACCCCCUUACUACAUUGUGACCGAGUUCAUGUGCAACGGAAACCUGCUGGACUAUCUGCGCAAACGGCCACGGGACGAGCUGACUCCACCGGUCCUUUUGCACAUGGCUACUCAAGUGGCCAGAGCGAUGGCUUACUUGGAGCAGCACAACUUCAUUCACCGUGAUUUGGCUGCUCGAAACUGCCUUGUUGGUGAACAGCGCGUCGUCAAAGUUGCAGACUUUGGACUAGCGCGUUGUAUGGAGCGCGAUCUUACCUAUCAAGCCCAUGAGGGCGCCAAAUUCCCCAUCAAAUGGACUGCACCAGAGGGCCUGGUGUACAACACUUUCUCCGUCAAAUCGGACGUGUGGGCCUUUGGUGUUCUGUUGUGGGAAAUUGCCACCUAUGGGAAGACUCCCUAUCCCGGAAUCGAAUUGCAGGAUGUGUACGUUUUGUUGGAGAAAGGUAGUCGUAUGAGUCGACCGGAGGGCUGCCCUGAACCGGUGUAUCAGUUGAUGCUUCAAUGUUGGCAAUGGCUCCCUGAUCAACGGCCCACUUUCAGUCAACUUCGAUCUCAACUGGAAGCCAUGCAAACAAGUGCCACCAUUGAAGAGCAAGUCGCGUUGGAACUCGCCCUUUCCAACUCAGAUAGAGUGGCGGUAUCCAAACUUACGUCCACUUUCAGUCACCAACAGACCGCGGUGUUAGACCCUGCGAAGUCUACAUCGAUCUUUCGUCCUCCGCUCCCACCACGACCUCCGCCUCCACGGCGGAGUGCCAGCUUCGAUCGUUUGUUGGUGGACGAGGAGCACAAGCAGCGAUGCCACUUUGGGCAACUCGACGAAUGCACUGAGUCGAGUCUAAUAUCUGAGGAAGGGCAGUUGGAUUCUGGAGUCGGAGGUUCAAACCACCCUAAUUCCAAAACUUCCCUUUCGUUCUUCAUGGAUCACCAGUCCAAAUCAGGCUCUUUCCACACUCAGCUACCUCUACCUCAGGUUGUUAUGAGCGAUCUCGCAAGCGACCGGUUUGAACAAACUGCCGCUGUGCAGUCUUCCAAUUCACUUGGACGGAAGCGUACCGCCCCCAGACCUCCUCGCCGGACAACUCCAGUGAAACCGUUCUCUUUUGACCAAAUGGGUUUGGACGUUCCCAAUGCGGAGGGAUUGCCUCCCAGCCCGGUGUCUGGCUCAUUUGUUCCUGAUUCCGGCGACUUCUUCCCUCCUCCUCCACCUCCCGUUUCAGCGACAGAUGAUGAGUUGCGCAUCAUCGUCUCCUCCUCGCACUCAAUCCCUCAUCAACCCACCGUUUCUCUACCCAUGCGCUCUUUGGCGCCAUCAGUCAUGAGCACUUCGGCCAUCUUCCCAUCCACCUGCAUAGAACCCGGUGGUGCGCCGACUUCUAAACCCUCUCGUUCCAAUCCGCCCUUGUCACAUUUCCACACUCCAAAGUACAACUCUCAACCCAAGCGACCGGCGGGUGCGACUAAGUCAGGGAUGAAGAAGCCUAGUUCGAAUUCCUGGUACUCCUUCAAACCUCCUCCUUCGGAUGCUCGAGCGGAUAACAGUUCUUCUCGGUUCAUUUCCUCGUUGAAUCCCGUUUCCAGUGACCUGAAACGUACCAAGGAAACAACGGCUUGUGCCAAGGUCUCGCAGGACCCACGGCAGCUUGCUAACCAUUCCUCUCAGUCAGACUUCCGGGAGGAGUUGAAACGGCGUCUGCAACAGCAGCAUCAGCCCUUAAAUAAAUGCACCGAAUCCUUUCAGGACCCAGUUUGCGAUAAGUUAAAAAACGGCAAGUCUACCUCCAAACUAGUCAGUUCUGUGUCGAAAUCAAAGUCAGAUUGUCAAGAGGUUACCUCCUUCGGAUCUUGUGGCUUUUUCACGAUGCCCCGUUUGAAACCCUCCAAGCUCAGUUCUGCUGUUGCCACUGGAACUUCGUCAUCCAACUCAUGUAACGCGCAGGACUGCUCUUCUAGUCUAACCCCUUCCAAAUCCAAUAUCCCUUCCCGUUUACCAGUCGUCUGCACCCAUCCCAAAGCGACUUCAUGUAGCCAGGACCCUCAAUCUCCCCCACCGUCUUCCACUUCGGUAGUCUCUUCGCCAAAACCAACUAAACAUGAUGUGAACCAUAAACGUUUAAGCUGGACCGGUCCUCCGGUGCAUCCAACCGGGGGCGCUCCACCGUUGCAUACGUUUCGGUCUUGCUUACCAACCAUCUCUGCGUCGUCCACUCUGUUGGACAAGGUGGAUGACGAUGAACCAAACUCCACUCUGUCUGAAGCCUCUUUGCUCGCGCAGUUAAAGCAGGUGUCCUGUGUGUUAAAACGGUUGAAUUCCUUCACGCGACAGACCGCAAAAUCCUCUUCAGACAUAGAGCAAUUGAUCGCCGUGGCUGACCAACUAGAAGCUUGUCGGCUGGAUUGCUCACUGUUUAUCGAUCGGGCAGAAUGUUCCGCUCGCGCUAAAUUUAGCUUCCGAGAUCGUUACGCUCCGUUACAAUCUUUGAGUACUUCCCUUCGUGCUAAAAAAUCAGGGGACGACCGGUCCGUGGUACUCAAAUCGGCUAUUGUCGCUGUGAAUGAUCUCAUCUCCGAGCUGGCGAAAUUGUCUACUCACGUCAAUUCUGAAUCGUCCGACGCAGGCCUCACAGAGAACACAUCUAAAAUUUCCUUGACACCAGUCGGCCCUCAAAACACGGUUGCGAGUUCGCUGACCACUCAACCAGCCGGCCCGGUGACGGUUGCCAAGGUUAGAGCGAAGGUGUCCUCGUGUAGCUGA